GUCUUCUUCUUUUCCAGACACACAACCUUCCAACACUGCUACCUACACUCCCACUCUCUCUCUUUCCCCUUUUCCUCUGUUGCUUGCAGCGUGAUCCAAAUUCCAACCCACCGAACAACACUCAGAAACACCAAGUACAGAGAAUUCUACCUACCAUGGGAUCUGGUGCCGGAGAUCUCAUCAAGGUUCUUCUCAAAAAUUUCGAUGUCCUUGCUGGGCCUGUCAUUAGUCUUGUUUAUCCACUAUAUGCUUCGGUUAGGGCCAUUGAGAGCAAGUCUCCUGUCGAUGAUCAGCAGUGGUUGACUUACUGGGUUCUCUAUUCCUUGAUCACACUCUUUGAACUUACUUUUGCCAAAGUACUUGAAUGGAUACCUAUAUGGCCAUAUGCAAAGCUAAUCAUAACCUGCUGGUUGGUCCUUCCUUACUUCAGUGGUGCUUCUUACGUUUACGAGCAUUAUGUGAGAGCUUUCUUGCUCAAUCCUCAGACCAUUAACAUCUGGUAUGUUCCAAGGAAAAAGGACAUCUUCAGUAAGCCAGAUGACAUUAUAACUGCUGCCGAGAAAUACAUACAAGAGAAUGGAACACAAGAAUUUGAGAAUCUGAUCCAUAGGGCUGGUAAAUCAAGGAGUGAUGGUUAUCAUGCAAUGUAUGAUGAGACCUAUUGAAUGGUUCUUAUAGCUUCUACCUUAUAGGGAUAAUGGGAUGCAUGUAUAUGCUAGUAUGUUACUGGUAUUUCCUCUUAUCUCCUUAGGAGACUCAAGUGUUUUUCACCCUUUAUUGAAGUUUUUAUUUUCCGUGUAACUUAGGAUUAGUUAUCUGUGGUCUGUUUAAUAACACUAUGACACGUCUGGUAUAUAGAUAAUGCUAUGCUACAGUAGCAGCCUGUUAAUUUUUC